AUGGAUUUGGAUACGGAUGUGCCCAUGGAAGACGCUUCGGAUGAGCAAGUGCAACCCACCAAGGUGGACGAAAGCAAGGAGCUAAGUAAGAAGGAAGUUAGCACCUCGUCGAUUAAUCAAUUGGACCAAUGGAUCGAGAAAUUGUCUCAGUGCGAGCCCCUUUCCGAGCAAGAUGUCAAGAAAUUGUGUGAUAUGGCGAUUGAUGUUUUACAAUUCGAAGAGAAUGUCCAGCCAGUGCAAGUGCCCGUCACGAUAUGCGGAGAUGUGCACGGCCAGUUUCACGAUUUGAUGGAAUUGUUCAAGAUUGGUGGUCCUUGCCCUGAUACCAACUACUUAUUCAUGGGUGACUACGUUGACAGAGGUUACUACUCGGUGGAGACUGUGUCGUACUUGGUGUGUAUGAAGGUGAGGUACCCAAACAGAAUCACCAUCUUGCGAGGCAACCACGAGUCCAGACAAAUCACUCAGGUUUACGGUUUCUACGACGAGUGUUUGCGUAAGUAUGGCUCAGCCACCGUGUGGAAGUUGUUCACUGAUUUGUUUGACUACUUCCCAAUUACCGCUCUUGUGGACAAUAAGGUCUUCUGUCUUCACGGAGGUCUUUCGCCAAUGGUUGAGACUAUUGACCAGGUGCGUGAAUUGAAUAGAAUCCAAGAGGUGCCCCACGACGGUCCAAUGUGUGACUUGUUGUGGUCUGACCCAGACGACCGUGGUGGAUGGGGUAUCUCGGCCAGAGGCGCUGGUUUCACUUUUGGCCAGGAUAUUUCUGAGCAGUUCAAUCAUACCAACGACUUAGACCUCGUUGCUCGUGCGCAUCAGUUGGUGAUGGACGGUUACUCGUGGUCGCAUCAAGAAGCCGUGGUGACCAUCUUCUCGGCUCCAAACUACUGUUAUAGAUGUGGUAACCAGGCCGCUAUCAUGGAAAUGGACGAGAGCCAUCAGAAACAAUUCUUGCAAUACGACCCAUCUGUGCGGCCAGGCGAGCCCACUGUCACAAGAAAGACGCCGGACUAUUUCUUGUAA